AUGACUACAUCAAUUGACCUCAAGCCCACGAAUGCGAGCAAGGUUGCCGACGAGGCCGGUAGCGAUGAGCGGGUUGGCGAAACUGUGGAAGCAACCUUCACUCCUGAAGAGGAGAGAAGAGUACUCAGGAAAAUUGACAUGGUGGUCCUGCCGUUUAUGUGCUUCACCUUCAUGCUGCAAUAUCUCGAUAAGCAAAGUCUUAGUUACGCCGGCGUCUUCGGUCUCAUCGACGACCUCAACUUGACCAGCAAGGAAUACUCCUGGACAAGCUCGAUCUUCUACGUCGGCCAACUUGUAUCGGAAUACCCAUUCAUCUACCUCAUGAGUCGGUUUCCCCUCACCAAGUUUGUCGGCGCAACAGUAGUUGUCUGGGGCAUCGUCUGCCUCUGUCUCGCCGCCCCUCAAAACUUUGCCGGCUUCGCCGCCGUCCGCUUCCUCCUCGGUUUCUUCGAAGGCGCUGUUUCCCCUGCUUUCGUGACAAUAACCUCUAUCUGGUGGCGCAAGGAGGAACACGCAACGCGCACAGCUAUUUGGGUUACAAUGAAUGGUCUCGCCCAGGUUCUUGGUUGCUUGAUCAUGUACGGCAUCGGCAAAAAUACAGCACUUCCCCUUCAGCCUUGGAGAACCAUGUUCCUGGUUUGCGGCGCCUUGACAGUAUCCGCCGGAAUUGGAUUCUUCACCCUGAUGCCUUCCGGACCGAAAGAUGCUUGGUUUCUCAACGCGAGAGAGAAAGAGAUUCUGUCCGCACGGAUGGCACAAGACCGUGAAGGUGGAGACAAGGAGUCCUUUUCUAUGGAACAAUUCAAAGAAACGAUGCUGGACCCCAGGGCUUGGUUCAUCUUCAUGUUCGGCGUCUUGGUUACGAUGCAAUCCCCCGUGUUGACCUUUGCAACAUUGAUGAUCAACAGGAUCGGCUACAGCAAGCUUCAGACCAUGCUUUUCACCGCGCCCUCUGGAGCUGUCCAGAUAUGCUUUAUUUGGAUUGGUGUUGCGCUUUGCAAAAUCUUUCCAAAGAACAGAGUCCUUGUGGUCUGGAUCUUGAACAUCACACCCCUCGUAGGUUGUGUCCUUUUGCUGAAGCUUCCUUCAGAGUCCCGUUGGGGUGUCAUCGUGGCAGCAUGGCUGGCGUCUUGUGCCAGUGCUGUCAUGUCCGUUCUUCUAUCUCUUUCUGCUUCCAACAUCAAGGGAAAUACAAAGCGCGCCACUGUCAACACCAUGUUCUUCAUUGGCUACUGCGCAGGAUGCAUCGGAUCGCCUCAGCUGUGGACCGAAAGCCCAAGAUACACCAACGGCGUCAUUACAGCCAUCGUCACAUGGGUCACGCUAUAUCUCGUCUCGGGACUGUAUCGCCUCAUUUGCACUCGGGAAAAUAAGAAACGAGAUCUUGCUAUGGCAGAGAGUGGUCCUCAAGCAUCUACUCAUGUUGUCCUUGAUAAGAACGGCAUGCCCAAGACUGAUCUGACGGACAUUGAGGACAAGAUGUUCAGAUACAGCUCUUAA